GAUACGGGGCAUCGCCAUUGUGCAAUUUCCCCGCCUGACCAUCCAAGUCCUUGACCACUACUAGCCCCAAGCACAAGCACAAAUAAUACUACGCCCUACUGGCCAUCGCCAUUUUAUACUCGCUUUUCAAUGCCGCACACUCGCGAUGUAUCUACACCCCCCGAUCCUUACACUCCCAUUCUCAAGCCACCUCGCGAACGGUUCCCUAGUGCAAGUGAACUCCGAGACGCUCCAAGGUUGCGUUCUGCCUCUACUUCUGCAGUCCCGAGAAAUCUGCACGUUUCUGGAUCCAAGAUUCGUCCAUCCAAGCGGCAUUCAGUUCAACUCUCCCCUUCCUCGCUGCCGUCCUCCACACCCACUGCAAUUCGAAAGCCGUCAAUCUCGCCAACUGGGUCUUCGAUCAGAAGACCUCGUGCUAUGACUGUACCCAACGGGCGCCCACCAGCGGGGCCAUCCCCGCCUCCCUCUCCUAGUGCGCGUGCUCUCAAAAACCUCGAUCCCAAACCUCUGCUUCGUUCACUCAACGCCCUGCUCGAUCCCAAGACCCAAAGAAUUCCUGAUUUCCUUGAUGUGGAUCAUAUAUUAGCUCUUUAUGAACGAGAUAUGAUGGAGCGGGACCAGCGAGACGCCAUCAAGCGACAAGUGCGCGCUGAACGCGCAGAGGGCAGGAUCUCUGGUCAUGAUCUGACUGUCUUCGGAACUUCGCUAAGAGAAGCGACCAUGUAUGCUUCUACUGUAGCUGUCCUUGGCGGGUGUGAACAUGAUCUGCCCAUUGUGGUAGUGUCCUGCGUUAAGGAGCUCUGUUGCAACAGCUUUCAGACUCCUCCGCCCGGCGCGCCGAAGCCCAAUCGAGAUCGACUGCUGGCGCUGAUCAGUGACUUUGAUUCUGAGCCUUAUUUUGGCUCGAAGACGACCCUGAACUCCGCUGAUGACCUAUUGGAAAUCUAUGCUCUUCUCUCGACCUAUCUGUUCGCACUUCCCGAUCCUGUGGUGCUGCCAGAAAUCUUCGAGGCUCUCUGGGCCUGGUGUGUGGUGCCUUCUCUACAGCGGACAGAUUUUCUGGAAGAUGAAAGCGCCUUGAAAACGCUGCACACCGCUACUGCGACUGAUGUCUGUGUCCGUAUCGCCCACAUUCUCUUGCUGCUCAUGCCUAUUCCCAAUCUUUCGCUCUUUGUGUACAUGAUGGGAGUGUUCAAGCGUCUGCCUCAUCUGAUUAUCGAAGACAUUGCUCUUGCUGUUCUUGCGGGCAAGACGACCAAGGUUCCAACUGCCAAGAGCGUGUGCGAUGGGCGGGGGGAAAGAGCAGAGAUUCUGCUUCGCUGGUUGUCGGAGCGCUGGGAUGUCAUAUUCAAAGCACUUUUUCCAUCAUCGGAGAUCAAGUCGAAUGUCACAAUAUCGAAGAUAAAACCCCCCUCGUCUUCUUCUAUAUGCAAAGUGCCCCGAAAAACCGAGACGCCUGGCGACGCUGAUUCAGAUGCCUCAAGUGUCCACUCGUCCUCUGCACUUCAUGAGCGCCUGCUCGAUGUCACAAUGGAUUUUGACUCUGAGCGUGACACGGUCCAAAUCCAAAAGGCCAAGAAGCGACAAAACCGGAACGCUGUCUUGAACAAUCGAACAGGAGUUGAUUCUCCAGCUCAGGAUCGUUCACAGAAACCGGUAAAAGCUGUCUCACCUGUUCCACCGUCGCCGAGUCCGGAACCCGAACGAACAAUGUCUUACGAUGCAGCCAUUCGACGCAUCUCGGCCCUUGAGCGGGAAGUGGAGCGGACUGAGGUGGCAAUGUCGGACGCUAUCAACGAAACUUUCCGGGCCCGCGAGCAGGUGAAAGACCUCGAGGCGAAGCUGCGAGAUGCCACGAAGCGACCUCCUGUGCUUGAGUUGGCGCUCGAUCCUCGGGCAGCGGAUGACUGGCAUGCUGUUCUGCACUCUGACACCGAAGCACUCAAGGCCCAACUUGGGAACAUGAAGAAGGAGAGAGACGCAGCGUUGAAACUCGUUGAUGAGAUCAAGGGCGUCAUCAACUGAAGGUGUAGGAUAUGUUACGUCGCGUGCUUUUGGUAUUUCUACGCCUGCAAUGUGUAAUAGGAAGCCAGCUUGUUGAGAAGAUACCAAGUUCAAUCACGGA